GCGGACAGAGGCAGGCGGCAGGGUCCAGCGCUCCCGGGGAGAGGCGCGUGGCAGCUCAGCUCCUCGCCCCACUUCAGAGAGCGCCGCCGGAAAGGGGAUGCGGGAGGAGCGGGUGCAAAAUGUUGCGUCUUCUCUCCCACACACACACACCUGAAAGCAAAGCGGGGAGCGAUCCCCGAGCAAGGCCGGAGAAUACAGCCCUGAAGCCAGAGGCGAUCCGGAGCCGAAAGCUCGCAGGCUCCCUCUAGCCACCUCAGCUGCAGCAGAGGACGUCAGCGAGAGCAGCAGCACCAGCAGCAGCAUUUUUUUCUCUCUCUCUCUCUCUCUUUUUCAGCCAGUAAUGAGCGUCUGCCCCCUGGUACGGCUGAGCCACAGCGCGGCUGCACACACGCGCACACGGUAUAAAUACGUGAAGGGACAAGCGGCGGGAGCUCCCUGUCUGGCUCAGCCCAGCAGGCAGCAGGGGACCCUCCCCCCCGGCGCCAUGGCGUGCGUGGCCGGCUGCCGCUGCUGCACGGAGCGCAGGAGGCAGAGCAGCAUCCUCUACAACAUCCUCAAGAACGAGGAGCAGCCGGAGGCAGCGCAGCAGCCGCCGCCGCAGGAGCCGCAGGGGCCGGGCUGCUCCUGCGGCUCGCGGCGGCGCGUGGCCCUGCGCAGCCCGCAGGUGGCGGGCAAGGCGGCCUCGGCCGUGCUAGUGAAGACCCUGCGCUUCGUGAAGAGCGUGCCCUGCUUCCGGGAGCUGCCGCUGGACGAGCAGCUGGUGCUGGUGCGCGGCUGCUGGGCUCCCCUGCUGGUGCUGGGGCUGGCCCAGGAGCGGGUGCACUUCGAGACGGUGGAGACCGCGGAGCCCAGCAUGCUGCAGCGGAUAUUAACCGACCGGCGGCAGGAGCAGCAAGGGCAGCAGCACCCCCAGAGCUGUAGCCCGCAGCUGCCCUCGGCCGGCGAGAUCCAGGGCAUCAAAGGCUUCCUGGCCAAGUGUUGGAGCCUGGACAUCAGCACCAAGGAGUACGCCUACCUCAAGGGGACAGUGCUCUUCAACCCGGAUCUGCCAGGGCUGCAGUGUGUACAAUAUAUCCAGGGACUGCAGAGGGAAGCACAGCAAGCUCUAAAUGAACAUGUCAGACUGAUUCAUCGAGGGGACCAGGCCAGAUUUGCCAAGCUGAAUGUUGUUCUUUCCUUGCUGAGAUCCAUUAAUGCUAACGUAAUUGCUGAACUAUUCUUUAAGCCCAUCAUUGGAACAGUGAACAUGGAUGACAUGCUGCUGGAGAUGCUUUGUGCAAAGUUAUAAAGGCAUGUAGACAAAUAAAUCCAUUACUAAGGAAUUCCUAGGGCAGAAUAGUGUAAAGUACUGUAAAUAAACUAACUUAUUCUUUUUACAUAGAUAGUAUUUUUGUAUUCAAUAAUAAAAUAUUCAAGUUCUGACAUUUAAUUUUUAUUAAAAACUUAUUGUUUUCAGAAUAGGAUGUACAGCCAUGAAAAUAUGCCUUUUAAACCAUUAAUGAAGAGUUUUAGUUUCCAAAGUGAGAUAAAUAUUCUCUGUCUUUGAGUGAAGGUCACGCUGAUCUGUGUUAUGUUUUCAAAAUGAGCAACCCCCACUUUUCCCCAAAGCAUUGUUGUUUUACAUUUUAACACAUUUAUUUGGAAAGCCAAAAACAGGAUAAAAGAGCGAAAUUACUUUCCACAUUUCAGUUACGUUAAAAAAGAUACCUUAGUCACAGCAGUCUUUAUAGUUGAACUGUGCGACUUAUCCAUAACCACUGAAAUCAGUAAAGUCUUUCUGCUGACUUUAUCAGGCUUUGGAUCAGGUCUAUUGAAUAGUUAAGAGACCGAUUUACCUACAGGCUUGUGUACAUUGAGAAAUUGACCAGAAUAGCUAUUGCAUAAUAAAUUAUUCUGCAAUAGUUAUUCUGGAAUAGCUCCUUGCGUGGACACUGUAUUGUGAAAUAAAGUUACUUUAUUCUGGAAUAAUUACUAUGGUUCCAAAACAGAGUAAUUAUUCUGGACAAAAAUCACUGUUCAUUACCAUAAAAAUUACUCCACAAUAGCUAUUCCAGUCAAUUUUUCCAUGUAGACAAGCCCUUAGAUAAUGUGUUGCAAACAUUUCAAAAUUGAUUGUUAAGAGGAAUUCAGAUACUUCCAAAGCCUGCGGCAAAAUACUAAAUUUAACAUAUGUUGGACUCUGGGAAAAAGAAUUAUGACCUGGUCUACAUUGAGUGGUGUGGGGGGUUUGAGCCAAGUUAAGCUAC